AUGUCAGAAGCCACUAACACCACUGAAUUGCCAUUCUACUUCAUUCUUAUGGGCAUCCCGGGUUUUGAGGCUAUGCACAUUUGGAUCUCCAUCCCCUUCUGCUGCUUAUACACAAUCUCCAUUAUGGGCAAUACUACCAUUCUGACUGUCAUUUGGACAGAGCCCUCACUUCACCAACCCAUGUAUCUGUUCCUCUCCAUGCUGGCACUAACUGACCUAGGCCUUACCCUUACCACUCUACCCACUGUAAUGCAACUACUCUGGUUCAAUGUCCGGGAGAUCAGCUUUGAGGCUUGCUUUGCCCAAGUCUUUUUCCUUCAUACCUUCUCAUUCAUGGAGUCUUCAGUGCUGUUGGCCAUGGCCUAUGACCGCUUUGUUGCUAUCUGCCGCCCACUGCACUAUGCCUCUAUUCUCACAGGGAAUGUCAUUGGAAGAAUUGGGAUAGCCAUCAUCAUUCGCUGUGUUUUGGCAGUACUGCCCUCACUUUUCCUGCUUAAGCGUCUGCCCUUUUGUCACUCUCGCCUCCUCUCCCAUUCCUACUGCCUCCACCAAGAUAUGAUCCGUUUGGUCUGUGCUGACACUCGAGUUAACAGCUGGUAUGGGUUUGGACUGGUACUGCUCAUCAUUGUACUUGACCCUCUCCUUAUCCUGGUCUCCUAUGGAUUAAUCCUGCACAGUGUCCUGGGCACUGCAUCCCAGGCUGAGCGAUUCAGAGCUUUCAACAACUGCUUGUCCCAUAUCUUGGCUGUGCUUGUCCUUUAUGUACCAAUGGUGGGAAUAUCCAUGGCUCACCGCUUUGCCCAGCAUGCCCCUCCUCUGGUCCAUGUGAUUAUGGCUAAUGUCUACUUGCUAUCACCUCCUGUGAUGAAUCCUAUCAUCUAUACCGUGAAGACCAAGCAGAUCCGACAAGGAAUUCACCAUCUCUUCCAGGGGAAGGCAAAUUAA